CGGGUGUUUCUCUCAACUCUAGGUAGGUGCGCACAAACCGCAUCAAAAUCAUUGUCCAGUAGGUAUUAUGCAUAUUUCCAGGGGCCGUCGUAAUUACGCCUCCGGUGGGUGGUACCUAUAUUCAGGCUUGGCACUCUCAAGACACCGCGAAAGCACUGCGUCCCUGGGUGGCUGGAUGCAACGAAUCCAGCGUCUAGUCAAAUCUGGGAAUAUUCUUGCGAGGCAAGACUUACUCUGGGUUGAAAGACCUGUGCGGAGCCGGCGAAGGUUUCAAUUCGGGCGGCCUUCCCUAUUACUGUUCACACGAAUAUGAAUCUCCUAGGCAGAUGCACAAGGCUACCGGCCUUCGUGCAGUCUCCAACUAUCCCAGGAACCCUUGGCGAUGGCCAAUGCUUCUGUUCCAAGUACGGGGACACUUAUGCACCAACCAACGAACGUCAAUUUUAUUUUUACUUGCUGUGACGUUUCGUGGCGACAGCCAUCUCACGUCUGUCCGGAUUCCUGUGCAAGGCUUGUUUCUGUUUGCUCGUCAUCAAUGUUUCACGGUUGGUAUAUCUCAUCUCCAAAUGCGGGUUAUUUUUCGCCUUGAUUAUAUAGCGCGUACCACUUGAUUUCAACGCUGGCAAAACUUGCUCUGAGGCAUUUAUUGCUCCACUGCGUGGAUUACGAACGAUUUUUGAAGGGAGCAAUGGCUGUAUAAAAGCUCUUUCAAGAUUUGGCCUCGGUUUUCCAGUCGCGGUUCAUUCUAUCGCUUCAUCUCCCGCGAAAAAUGGUGCUUUCCGCUCUCGGCCUUCUGGCUCUUUUGCCAUCUGUUUUCGCUAUACAACAGAACUUCACAUUCGACCUGGUCAACAAGGUGAUUGCACCAGAUGGCUUCGAGCGUAGCGCCGUUACGGUCAACGGAAUCUUCCCUGGUACCCUCAUCACGGUCAACGCCACGGACACCUUUCAUAUCGAGACCAACAACCAAUUGACGGAUCCUACGAUGAGGAGGAGUAGCUCCAUUCAUUGGCAUGGUCUCUUCCAAGCUCGUACGUCUGGUAUGGAUGGACCUUCCUUCGUCAACCAGUGCCCGAUCCCACCCAACACCACUUUUACCUACGAAUUUUCGACCGCCGAGCAGACAGGGUCGUUUUGGUACCAUAGUCACUUGAGUACCCAGUACUGCGAUGGUCUCCGUGGCAGUCUCAUCAUCUACGACCCAAACGAUCCUCUCAAGGAUCUGUACGAUGUCGAUGAUGAGUCUACCAUCAUCACCUUGGCUGACUGGUACCACGACACGGCUCCUGAUGCUCAGAAGGUGUUUUUCGAGACUGGUGUAGUCCCUAUCCCGGACACCGGUCUUAUCAACGGUGUUGGGAGGUACCAGGGUGGCCCGGAAGUUCCUUAUGCUGUCAUCACCGUCCAACAAGGCAAACGCUACCGCUUCCGUCUCAUCCAAAUUGCUUGCCGUCCGUUCUUCACUUUCAGCAUUGACCAACACAACUUGACCGUUAUCGAGCUGGACGGGACCGAACACGACCCCGUGACUUUCCAGAAUGUCGACAUCUAUGUUGCCCAGCGCCUUUCGGUUAUCGUCAAUGCAUCCCAGCCCGUGGACAACUACUGGAUCCGUGCUCCUCUCACUGGUGGAGCUCCCGGCCCAACCGGUAACCCCAACCUCAACAACUCGCUCAUCAAGGCUAUUCUCCGCUACGAGGGUGCCCCCGAUGCGGAACCGGUCACUGCCAACGACAACGGAAACGGAACGAAGCUUAUUGACGCCUUGAUGCACCCUAUUGCCCAGGCUGGUCCCGGAAACCUGGGAACAGGCCCGGCCGACUUCGCCAUUACCUUGAACGUCUCCCAGCCCAACCCUCCUUACUGGGACAUCAAUGGUAUCUCAUACAUCUCACCCACACUCCCGGUCUUACUGCAGAUGCUCAGCGGCGCCGCGUCUCCCUUCGAUUUCAUGCCCUCUGAACAGGUCACCGUCCUUCCUCCCAACUCGCUCAUCGAAGUCUCCAUCCCCGGCACGGGUGCUCAUCCUUUCCAUCUCCACGGUCACACCAUGGACGUCAUUCGUGAGACCAAUAACGACACUGUCAACUUGAUCAACCCUCCCAGGCGUGAUGUUGUCCCGAUCAACGGCGGUAACACCACCUUCCGCUUCUUCUCUGGCAACCCUGGUGCCUGGUUCUUGCAUUGCCACAUUGACUGGCAUUUAGAGGCCGGCUUGGCCAUCGCCUUCGCCGAGGCCCCGCAGCUCAAUAUCGCCGGGAACCAAUCUCAAAUCACCCCUGCGGAUUGGCUGAACCUCUGCCCGUCCUACGACGCCUUGUUGCCUGAGUUCCAGUAAACUUGUGGGUAGCGAAUGGUCGGAGUGUCUGAGAGGCUUACUUAUUAUGGAAAUUCUCUUCGUCGUUGUCGAGCCUCGUUUAUAGUCCCGUCUUGGUUCCGUGAUCGCAUGUUUUAUUUUAUUCCAGAAAACGUUCAUUUAUCGCCGCAAUCAAAUCCA